AAACCCCUCCUUUCUCUGUGAAUGUGCGGAGCGGAGCGUCGUGUGGCAGUACGGUGCGUGUGUGCUGGAGGUACCGCAGAGGUUUCUGGAUAUACCAUUCACACUCUGAGGUGGAGCUCAACCACUUUUGGAUAUUGGCUGUUUUUUCUUCUUUUUAAAAACUAUUUUAAGAAACACCAUGCCAAACUGGGGCGGAGGCAACAAGUGCGCAGCAUGCCACGGGACGGUUUACCACGCGGAGGAAGUGCAGUGUGAUGGCAAGAGCUUCCAUAAAUGCUGUUUUCUCUGCAUGGUCUGCAGGAAGGGUUUGGACAGCACCACUCUGGCCAGUCAUGACCAGGAGAUCUACUGCAAAUCGUGCUACGGGAAAAAAUACGGUCCUAAAGGCUAUGGCUAUGGACAGGGAGCAGGAACACUCAACAUGGAUCGGGGAGAACGGCUGGGAAUCAAGCCUGAAGAGACCCAGACUCACAGACCCACGACCAACCCCAACCCAUCCAAAUUUGCUCAGAAGUUUGGCGGUUCGGAGAAAUGCGCCCGGUGUGGAGACUCGGUUUACGCAGCCGAGAAGAUCAUGGGGGCAGGCAAGGUGAGAGUUUUACCUGAAACAGCAUGUUAUGCCAAGAACUUUGGCCCCAAAGGGUUCGGUUAUGGCCAAGGAGCCGGCGCUCUGGUUCACGCUCAGUGAUGGCUCGGUGGGACCACAGUCACUCGUCUACAUUCCUCUGCCCAACAUGAACAUAUUUCAUCCUCGAUGCUUUGAUGCUGUUGAUACAAAUAAUAAAAACAAACAUGAACAAACCAACGGGUCACAUUUGACUGU